AUGGGGAAGUCUGGGUUCAUGAAGAACUAUCGAGUCUAUAUACUCACCAGCGUCGCCUAUCUGGGCUCCCUGCUCUUCGGAUAUGACACGGGUGUUAUGGGCUCAGUCCUUGCCAUGGACAGCUUCAAAAAAGACUUCGGCCUCCCAAUAUCAAAGGGCGGAUUUUCAUCCGACAAGAAUGCCCAAGUAUCCUCGAAUGUGGUCAGUCUCUUGACCGCCGGAUGUUUCUUCGGAUCCAUCUUCGCCGCCUUCCUCAACGAGCGCAUCGGUCGUCGCUAUUCACUGAUGAUCUUCGCCCUGGUCUUCCUGGUUGGCGCUGCGAUUCAAGUGGGCGCUCACCAUGCCAUUGGACAAAUCUAUGGCGGCCGUGUCAUCGCCGGUCUGGGAAUUGGCGGCAUGUCCAGUAUCACUCCUGUUUUUGUUAGCGAGAACUGUCCCCCGGCACAUAGAGGCCGGAUUGCGGGUCUGUUCCAAGAGUUUUUGGUUAUUGGAAGCACUUUCGCUUACUGGCUGGACUACGGCGUUUCUCUCCGCAUUCCCGAGGGCACGACCCAAUGGCGUAUUCCCGUGGCUAUUCAACUUAUUCCCGGUGGUUUGAUGCUUAUCGGUCUCUUUUUCCUCAAGGAGUCUCCUCGUUGGCUGAUGAAGCAGGGCCGCCGUGACGAAGCCCUAAAGUCACUUGCCUAUAUCCGCAACGAGCCGGAGGAUAACGAGGAAGUGCAGAGGGAGAUUGCUGAGAUUUAUGCUGCCAUCGAAGAAGAAACUGCCCUCACCGAGGGCGUAACGUGGAAGGAGUGUCUGCAGAAGAGCAACCGCUACCGCUUCUUCCUUGCUUUCGUCAUCAUGUUCUGGCAGCAGUUCUCCGGAACGAACAGUAUUGGAUAUUAUGCGCCUCAGAUCUUCGAAUCCGUUGGCAUUAGCUCGACCCACUCGUCGCUGUUUGCUACCGGUGUCUAUGGCACCGUGAAGGUUGUCGCCACAGCGAUCUUCUUGCUCAUUGGUAUCGACCGCUGGGGUCGCAAGUGGAGUAUGGUUGGUGGUGCUGCUUGGAUGGCUAGCAUGAUGUUUAUCAUCGGCGCCGUCUUGGCUACCCACCCUCCGAACCCGAAUUCUACCACUGUCUCUCCAGCCUCCACUGCCAUGGUGGCUAUGAUUUAUCUCUACGUGAUCGGAUACUCUUUCUCAUGGGGCCCGACCCCUUGGGUGUAUCUAGGCGAGAUCUUCCCGACCCGCUUGCGAGCAUACGGUGUUGGCCUCGGAGCAGCCACUCAGUGGCUCUUCAACUUUGUUAUUACCGAAAUUACUCCCCGCGCUAUCAACAGUAUCGGGUGGAGGACCUUCCUCAUGUUUGCUAUUUUCUGUACGGCCAUGGGAAUCUUCGUCGCUAUCUUCGUGAAGGAGACCAAAGGUAGGACAUUGGAAGACAUGGAUCUUAUCUUUGGUGCUAUCGAUGAGGAGCAGCGAAAGGCCGAUGUGGAACACACUCUGCACAAGAAUGAUAUCGCCCAUGCUGAGCAUGUGGAGGAGGGAGCCGACCGCAAAUAA